AUGCAAAUCCCCCUGUUUCAUUAAAUAGUUGGAUAGCCUUACUGGCUUCACAUGUCAGCUUUCUACAGGCGAAGAAGACACCAAAACAGAAAGAACAAAGAUGAAAGAUGGACUUUCAAACUUAUGCCAUACUAAAUGGGCCCGUUAUUAUUCUUAACAUGGUGACUAUUGCAUUUUACAUUUUUUGCAUGGUCCGUCCACUCCACGGAGAAAAGAUCAAGCAGCCUCUGAAGCUUCUCCUGUGGACUUUGAUUGGCUCUACAAUAAUAUACAUUUGGUCAGGUGUUAUGAUGGCCUUCUUUUAUCUGUCAGCUGUCAAAAUCAAGAUCACUCAAAGUUUUUACCUGCUGAUGGUCUGCAGUGUUUUCAACAGCAUGACCUCCUCAGUCUGGCUGAACUUCUUCUACUGCAGCCAGAUUGUACCUGCACACAGUGCUCUCUUCACCUGGAUUAAGAAGAAUGUCAAAUCCAUCAUCUACGUCUUUUGGAUCACUGAAAGGAUUUACACUCUGCUUGACUUUACUUCCGUGUUUUUACACUUAACUGAUUUAAAUGUAUCUUUAAUCAGCAACAAUUUCACAAUGGUUUAUGACAUGCCUGAGAAAGAUUUCUGGAAAGGGUUUAAAGAAAAGAUGUUUUGGAUUGUGUUUUACACAGUGAAGACCCACUUUGUUUUCUGCCUGUGUGUUAUGGUGAUGUCCAGUGGCUCUAUUGUUCUCUACCUGUGUGGACACAUGCGUCGCAUGACAGCAAACGGACAACUUGUGUCCAGUCCCAGGUUUAGGAAUCAGGUGAGAGUCACUGUCACCGGCCUCCUGCAGGGAGCUCUGUAUGUUUUCUCUGCUUCUUGGACUUUUUACAGUCCUUUUUACGAGGAUGGUUUUAGGAACAUUGGUCAAACAAUGAUCAAUUCCAUUGUGAUCAACUUGUACAUGACAGCCACUCUGUUCAACCUGGGAGCUGGUCAGGCUGUAUUCAGGCAGCGAGCAGCACACAUCUGGCUCAGAGGAGCUGAGUGCUUCAAAGCACCUCAAGUACAACAGACUGAUCAAGGAGCAUGAUACUGAAGCUCCAACCAGAGGACCAGGGCUCUGCUGAGAGGAACCAAACACACGCACGAAUCUACAUGGAGGCAAACUGCACCCGACACUUGGAAUAUUAUUG